GAGGGAAGGCGGCGGGGAGGCGGGGCUUGGGGCGACGGUGGCGCGACGGAGGGAGAGGAGGAGGAGCCGGAGCCGCCGCCGCUUCCAUGGCGCUGAGUCUGGACCGCGAGGCCUACUACCGCCGCAUCAAGCGCCUCUACAGCAACUGGCAGAAAGGAGAAGAUGAAUAUGCCACCAUUGAUGCCAUUGUGGUCUCCGUUGGAGUGGACGAAGAGACUGUCUAUGCCAAGUCCACUGCCCUGCAGACAUGGCUGUUUGGCUACGAACUCACAGACACAAUCAUGGUUUUCUGUGAGGACAAGAUAUUCUUCAUGGCCAGCAAGAAAAAAGUGGAAUUCCUGAAGCAAAUUGCAAACAGCAAGAGCAAUGAGAGCACCAAUGGAGUGCCAGCAAUCACGUUGCUCAUACGGGAGAAGAAUGAGAGCAACAAAGCAAAUUUUGAUAAGAUGAUUGAAGCUUUGAAAAGCAGCAAGAAUGGCAAACGCAUUGGGGUCUUCAGCAAGGACAAAUUCCCUGGGGAGUUCAUGAACAGCUGGAAUGAUGCUCUCAGCAAGGAAGGUUUUGAAAAGGUGGAUAUCAGUGCCGUAGUGGCCUACACCAUUGCUGUGAAGGAAGAUGGGGAAAUUGCCCUGAUGCGUAAAGCGGCUGCCAUCACUUCAGAGGUCUUCACCAAGUUCUUGAAGGACCGAGUCAUGGAGAUAGUUGAUGCUGAUGAGAAAGUGCGGCACAGUAAGCUAGCUGAGUCAGUGGAGAAGGCCAUUGAAGAGAAGAAAUACCUGUCUGGAGCUGACCCUUCCACUGUUGAGAUGUGCUACCCUCCCAUUAUCCAGAGCGGGGGAAAUUACAAUCUCAAGUUUAGUGUUGUCAGUGAGAAGUCCUACGUGCACUUUGGGACUGUUACUUGUGCCAUGGGAAUCCGCUACAAAUCGUACUGCUCCAACCUGGUGCGCACCCUUAUGGUGGACCCGCCUCAGGACACACAGGACAAUUACACCUUCCUGCUGCAGUUGCAGGAAGAAAUGCUCAAAGAACUACGACCUGGUGUGAAGCUGUGUGAGAUAUAUGCUGCUGUCAUGGAUAUGGUGAAGAAGCAGAAGCCAGAACUCAUAAGCAAAAUUACCAAGAACUUGGGGUUUGCCAUGGGGAUUGAGUUCAGAGAAGGUUCUCUUGUGAUCAAUAGCAAAAACCAGUAUCGCCUCAAGAAAGGAAUGGUUUUCAGCCUCAACGUGGGGUUCUCAGACCUGACCAACAAAGAGGGAAAGAAACCAGAGGAGAAGACAUAUGCAUUGUUCAUUGGGGAUACCGUGUUGGUGGAAGAGGAUGGUCCAGCUACCCUUUUGACUUCUGUCAAGAAGAAGGUGAAGAAUGUCAGCAUUUUACUCAAGAAAGAAGAUGAGGAGGAGGUGGAAGAAGAUGAUGAUACAGAGGGCAUCCUGCUGGGUCGUGGUUCUCGGGCAGCACUAUUGCCAGAAAGAACUCGGAAUGAGUUAACAGCUGAAGAGAAGCGCAGGGCACAUCAGAAAGAACUGGCCACACAGUUAAAUGAGGAAGCCCGCAGGCGGUUGACAGAACAAAAGGGGGAGCAACAGAUCCAGAAGGCUCGUAAAUCAAACGUUUCCUACAAAAACCCCUCCCUGAUGCCAAAGGAACCACACAUCCGAGAAAUGAAAAUCUACAUUGACAAGAAAUAUGAGACCGUCAUCAUGCCUGUCUUUGGCAUUGCUACUCCUUUCCACAUUGCCACCAUCAAGAACAUCAGUAUGUCAGUGGAAGGUGACUACACCUACCUGAGAAUUAACUUUUAUUGCCCAGGCAGUGCCCUAGGUCGCAAUGAGGGAAACAUCUUCCCCAAUCCUGAAGCCACCUUUGUGAAAGAAAUAACUUACCGCGCAUCCAAUUUAAAAACACCUGGAGAGCAGUUGGUGCCAGCUCUCAACCUCCAGAAUGCUUUCCGUAUCAUCAAGGAGGUGCAGAAGCGCUACAAGACCCGGGAGGCUGAAGAGAAGGAGAAGGAGGGGAUUGUCAAACAAGACUCUCUGGUGAUCAACCUGAAUCGCAGCAAUCCCAAGCUGAAGGACCUUUACAUCCGCCCCAACAUUGCCCAGAAAAGGAUGCAAGGGUCUUUGGAGGCUCACGUCAAUGGUUUUCGCUUCACCUCUGUGCGUGGGGACAAAGUGGACAUCCUGUACAACAACAUCAAACAUGCUGUGUUUCAGCCCUGUGAUGGGGAAAUGAUCAUUGUGCUGCACUUUCACCUCAAGAAUGCCAUUAUGUUUGGCAAGAAGCGUCACACAGAUGUUCAGUUUUAUACGGAAGUGGGCGAAAUCACCACUGAUCUGGGCAAGCAUCAACACAUGCAUGACCGUGAUGAUCUAUAUGCUGAGCAGAUGGAGCGUGAGAUGAGGCACAAACUGAAAACUGCAUUCAAGAAUUUCAUUGAGAAGGUUGAGUCUCUAACCAAGGAGGAGCUCGAAUUCGAGGUGCCCUUCCGGGAGCUAGGGUUCAAUGGUGCCCCUUACAGAAGCACCUGCCUCCUUCAGCCAACCAGCAGCGCCCUGGUGAAUUGUACAGAGUGGCCCCCAUUUGUGGUGACGCUGGAUGAGGUGGAGCUGAUUCACUUUGAGCGAGUGCAGUUCCACCUGAAGAACUUUGACAUGGUCAUUGUCUACAAAGAUUACAGCAAGAAGGUCACGAUGAUCAAUGCCAUCCCAGUGGCCUCACUGGACCCCAUCAAAGAGUGGCUCAACUCUUGUGACAUCAAGUACACAGAAGGGGUGCAAUCCCUGAAUUGGACCAAAAUCAUGAAAACGAUUGUAGAUGACCCAGAAGGCUUCUUUGAGCAAGGGGGCUGGUCGUUCCUUGAGCCUGAGGGAGAGGGUAGUGAUGCAGAAUCUGGAGGAUCAGGAUCUGAAAUUGAAGAUGAGACAUUCAACCCUUCAGAAGAGGAGGAUGAUGAUGAAGAGGACACUGAUGAGGACUAUUCUUCUGAGGCAGAAGAAUCAGAUUACUCCAAGGAUUCCCUGGGGAGUGAAGAAGAGAGAGGCAAAGAUUGGGAUGAGCUGGAAGAGGAAGCACGGAAAGCUGACCGUGAGAGUCGGUAUGAAGAAGAGGAAGAGAGAACCCGCACUAUAAGCCGCAAAAGGAAGGGUGCCUCAUCCCAAAGCUCUGGGCAUCAUCGCAGUUCCCACAGCCGCAGUCCUGGCCGAAGCUCAGCACCCCCCAAGAAGAAGAGGAAGUAGAUGGCAAAUGGUAGCCUUUCCGAUCCACCAAUUUUUCAGGGGUUGGGGCUUUUGAGGCCUCAUCCAGCAGCCAAUGUAUAGGGCAUGGGAGGGCUGCCAGCCUCUCCCCACAAACUCUUUCAUCUCCCCCUCACACACAAACACACUCUUGCAUCCCUUUUUUUCCCUGUUUCUCUGGGGAGUAUUUUUUUGUUUUUGUUCCUUGAAUCGUUCCUGACCAUUUGUAUGGACCAAUGAGCUGUGAGAGAUAUUCCAGGCCAUGUUGUGUUAACAAUGGACACAAAGUCUAACCAGGUGGAUUGGGGUGUGAGGCUCAGGAAUCUGGUGUCAGUGAUAAUGCUUCUCUGCUGUCCCCCUCUGCCUUUUUCCAUCAUCUUUCUUCAGCCCCUUUGUCCUCCAAUCUGUGGAGUAUAUCGACUGUAAACACACUUUCCCUACCAACCUCUCCUUGACUUCCAGUGUUUUUAGACAAAUUGGAGGCCAAGGAGGGGUUGGGUUGGUCUUGGAAUUAUUCCAGAAUAAGAACAUGUACUUCAGUGAAGCAGAUGGUUUUCUUGGCCUCUUUGACUGAUGGGGAAAGAAGGUGGUUAUGUUCUGGUUUUUGUGAAGCAAAGGCCUGGAUGAUACAGGAAGUCCCACCUUGGAGCAGAGUUGGAGAGACGGGCAUAAGAUUUUCCAUUCAAGUGAAACCCAGAGGGUGUGGAGAUGCAAGUGAGAAGAAAAGGGUCUUGCUCCCUACAAACCCCUAUUUUUGAUUUUCUCUUUUUUAAAAAAAAAAUCGUCAAGCUCUGUCUGUAUUUAUCUGUUUUCUCAGUUGCUGAGUCUGGUCUCCAGUGAGCAAGUGUUUUAGGGGUGGAGGGGGUUGAAUGCAUUGCCUGUCUCCUGCCUCCCUUGUGUCCUGUGGGUUUAGGGGUCAGUGAUCCAGGCAUGUGGGAGGGAGGGGAGGGAGGCGCUUUCUCAAACUCUUUUUUCCCCCGUAGCCAUUAGCACUCAGUAUUUUUGACUUUGGAAAAACUGAUCAAUAAAAAUGUUUUUUUUAAGUAUUUGGAAAGUA